UUUAAAGACCUUCUUAUCAAAUCGAAGCAAAAAAUGUUAAUGUAAAAGUUGUAAAAUUCAUAUGUUGUCUAACAAAAUCUUGCUGUUGAGUUACGCACCUAAGAGAUACGCAUCUGCCGAACAAGCGCUUCUCAUGACCUUAUGGCGCUACAUGUAUUAUUCCUAAAGAUCUUUUGGAAAACCAAAAUAUAUACCUGAGCAACAGUAAUUGGGUCUACGAUCUUCAUCGCAGUGAUAUUGUGGCAGAGGGCCAAAUGAUUUUUCUCCUGUGUUUUGAGGGAAGGCACUCCCUGGGGUUUCUGUGCAAAGACAAUGUUUUCAAUCCACCGCUCGAGUCGGUUUCAUGUUCGCGGGUGCUCAAAGCUUCUGUGGUAAAUGUGCCUGACACUUCGUGUCUCAGGGGUUCCCUUACCUUCGCAGUGGGUUACUCCUUCGAAGGACGGUUUUUGGAGCUAUAUCGAAACUGUUACGAUCUUGGGAGAUUAUCACUAAACUAUUUCAUCUACAAGACCUACCGCUUUACAAAAACUGCUCCCCGUCAAACAAAUGCGUAAUGGAAUAGGGACUCUAUGAUGACAGCACACGAAGUUGCGGCUUACAAGAGACAAGUUUCGCAAGCCUGUGUCUCCACUGCCCUGGGUGUAAGCCAAGAGAACUGUGUAGUGGAUCGCGGUCACAUAUCGCCCAGUUCUGCUUUUGUAUUCACAGAGUUUAAGAAGGCUACCUUCAGGUAUCUAAAUGUAGUCCCCCAAUAUCACCUAGUCAAUAUUGGCAACUGAAAGAACAUAGAGGCCUGGAUAAACAGGCUGGUUAUGGGAUACUAUGAUCAGCCAGGUCAAACUCACGACGUUCUCAAGGUUUGCACAGGGGUUCUGGGAGUGCAGCAGUUGCAACACUCAAGUAAUCAGAGAGCCGGACUAGUGUCCAUUUACCUGUAUAAUAACAACCAAAUCCCCGUUCCCAAGUGGAUGUACAAAAUCGUAAGCCACCUCUCCGGAGAUAAGUGGGUGAUGUUAACCUACAACGACGUCAAUCUGCCCAAUUUGUUCGACUUGAAUCAGAUCUGCGACCAGAUCGCUUGCCCGCAUGGUCUUAGUCGCAAUGGAGUGGGAUACACUGUGUGCUGCAGGCCCAUUCAGUUCAUAAGGAAGAACAUCGCCUAUUUGACGGGUGUUUGCUGAUGCUGUAAGUGUAUCAAAAAGUGUAUCAGGAAGUGAGAAAGGCAGUCCAGUUCCUUAUGCACUUAAAAUUUAAUUUUAUUGAAAUACACAACCACUGACAAAUAAAGAGUUGGUGUUUUACACACCACAACAAUUUUCUCUAAGUAAAGUAAAUGGUAAAAUAUAAAAGGCAGUUUUAUGUAUACAAGAAAUUUAAACGGCAACCUUUGCGGUAAAAAUAAUUAAUCCCAGCUUCUUAUCAGUAAAGUCGGUAGCGGCUUCAUAAGUGUUUGAAGUUCUCGACACUGUAGAGAUAAGACUAUAGAAAUAGAAAACCUUCGUAGUCCAAUUUGAAAUACUCUGCUCAGAAUGAUAUAAAAUAAUCUAAUUAAUAUAACUUAAAAGUAAAGAAAUUAUAUUCAAAACUUGAAAUGAAAUUAUGGUAACCUAGA